AUGAAUAUAGAAACAACCAAUUUUCUAAAUCCCGCCUUGAGAGAGUGUUGCUGCUCUUCAAGCUCUUCUUUACCUUUACAACGUAUUGUUCAAUUAUUAAGUGUUGGGGCAUUUGAAUUAAGAAAACAAAUUAAUGAGAAUAUUAAAUGUGAUAGACUUGAAAAUGGAGUAGAGGAGAAGGAACAAGAAAAAUAUUUGAGUAGAUUGAUAAGGAAUGAACUAUUGCUUAUUGAGUUAGGAGUCGUAGACACUCAAAGAUUAACAAGAUGGAUUAAUAAAUUUUACGAUAUUUAUAUGAAACAAUUGUUAAAUAUGGAAUUGUAUUUUAUAAAUAAAUUUGCCGACCAACUCGAAAAUAUUUGCCUUAAAUUAAAUACUCAUAGUCUACCACAAGUGUGUAAACCUAGGGCUUCUUUUUUGUUGUCAAAUGGCAUGUCAAACACUCUUGGAGAUAAAUUAGUGUAUCAAGCAAGAUCGGAAGUCACAGCACGUGUUGAUAUUGCUGGUGGCUGGACAGACACUCCUCCAAUCACCUAUCAAAUGGGUAAUAUAUUGCCAGCUGUACUUAGCCUUUCAAUACUUGUUAACGGAAAAAGAAAAUUCUUUUGGGGAACAACAACCUUUGCUGGUUCUCUUCUGUGUGCUAUUUUGGUGGUUGCCGGUUUUGUACGGGAAGAACUGUGGGGUGGAGAAAGGCAUUAUUUAUUUUAUUUUGCCGGACCUGGACGAGGAUUGCUUAUCGAAACAGAAUCAGAUUUGCCACACGGAUCUGGCCUCGGUUCUAGUAGUAUACUUGCUGGAGCACUUUUAUCCUCCCUCCACAAACUAUCAGGAAAUAAAGAACAACAAUUAACCGAAGACAAACUAAUUAAUCAAGUUUUGCAAAUAGAACAAUUACACACUUCUGGGGGAGGUUGGCAAGACCAAUUGGGGGGUUGUAUUUCUGGAGGUGCUAAAAUUGGUUGGGUAGAAUCUGUUGGGGAAAGAAAAUGUUGUUGGCGUUCUGUCCCGCUUGGAGGGGAAUUAAUUAAAGAAUUCUCUAAAAGAUUUGUUUUGUUAUAUACAGGCAAAACUAGAUUGGCAAAAACUUUAUUAAAGCAAGUUUUGUUGAGUUGGGCAAGACAAGAACCACAAAUAUUAGCAACUGUUGAAAGACUUGCUAAAGGAGCUUGGAAGGCUGAGGAAAUGCUUAUUGAGGGUAGGGAUCAGGGGGUGACUAUUUCCACCAAAACACUCAAAAAUGUGGCAAAAAUAGGGCGUAAUCAGUAA